ACUUGCAAUCUAUGUUGUUUACUUAUAGGUCAAUCAGCCUUAUUUCCUCAGUGGAAAUUUAGUCACUAUGAUGUGGUAGUUGGUGUGUUAUCAGCUCGAAAUAACCAUGAACUUCGAAAUGUGAUUAGAAACACCUGGCUGAAGCAUUUGCUGCAACAUCCUACUUUAAGUCAACGUGUGCUUGUGAAGUUCAUAAUAGGUGCUCGUGGCUGUGAAGUGCCUGUGGAAGACAGGGAGGAUCCUUACUCCUGCCGCCUGCUCAACAUCACCAAUCCAGUUUUGAAUCAGGAAAUUGAGGCCUUCAGCUUUCCUGAAGAUGCCUCCUCAUCCAUACUCUCUGAAGACCGAGUUGUCAGCGUGAGCUUCCGAGUUCUCUACCCAAUUGUGAUUACCAGUCUUGGAGUGUUUUAUGAUGCCAGUGACGUUGGCUUUCAGAGGAACAUCACAGUCAAGUUGUAUCAGGCAGAGCAGGAGGAGGCCCUUUUCAUCGCUCGAUUUAGCCCUCCGAGCUGUGGAAUACAGGUGAACAAGCUAUGGUACAAGCCUGUGGAACAGUUCAUCUUACCUGAGAGCUUUGAAGGUACAAUCGUGUGGGAAAGCCAAGAUCUCCAUGGCCUCGUGUCCAGAAACCUACACAGAGUGACAGUGAAUGAUGGAGGGGGUGUUCUCAGAGUCAUUACAGCUGGAGAAGGGGCCUUGCCUCAUGAAUUCAUGGAAGGCGUGGAGGGAGUUGCAGGCGGCUUUAUCUACACUGUUCAGGAGGGAGAUGCACUGUUACGAAGCCUCCAUUCGCGGCCCCAGAGACUCUCAGACCACAUGCGGAAUUUGCGAGUGGAAGACGCCUUACUGCAGGAGGAGAGCAGUGUCUAUGAUGACAUUGUCUUCGUGGAUGUUGUGGAUACUUACCGGAAUGUUCCUGCAAAAUUACUGGACUUCUAUAGAUGGACUGUGGAAACCACCAGCUUCAGUUUGCUGCUGAAGACAGAUGAUGACUGUUACAUAGACUUAGAAGCUGUGUUUAAUAGAAUUGCUCAGAAGAAUCUAGAUGGGCCUAAUUUUUGGUGGGGAAAUUUCAGGUUGAAUUGGGCAGUGGACAGAACUGGAAAGUGGCAGGAGCUGGAAUACCCCAGCCCAGCCUACCCUGCCUUUGCAUGUGGGUCAGGGUAAGUGAUCUCCAAGGAUAUCGUUGACUGGCUGGCAGGCAACUCCGGAAGGUUAAAGACCUAUCAGGGUGAAGAUGUCAGCAUGGGCAUUUGGAUGGCAGCCAUAGGCCCUAAAAGACACCAGGACAGCCUGUGGCUGUGUGAGAAAACCUGUGAGACAGGAAUGCUGUCUUCUCCUCAGUAUUCACCACAAGAGCUGAGCAGACUGUGGGAACUUAAGGAACUGUGUGGGGAUCCUUGUCAGUGUGAAGCAAAAGUGUAGUGAUCCUCAAAGACCAGGAACUAUAAGUCUGAGGAGACCUCGUGGCUGGUAUUGAACUAUAAGCAGUAUGAUAUGACUAGUGUUUGCACAGAUCUUAAUGA